AACUAUAGCAGUGCAAGGAUAAAGAUAAAAAAAAAAGACAGCAUUCAAUAUAGGCAUUAUAAGGGACUAAACUAGACCGUAGGAUAGACACAAAUCAACAGUCAAUAUCAAUAUUAGAGGUUUGAAGUUUGAGUAAUAGGGUUACAUCCAUUGUUCAAGUAUUAAGUUAGACCCCAGUCCAGCCUGGGGGAAGGAGGGAGAGAGGGGUUGUGCAUAUGAUUUUAAUUAACUAAACUAACUUAUUAAAAACUCAACUACUAGUAUCAUGUCAUAUUAGGUUGUAUGUCAAUCAGCAGCAUUUGUCAGCUACAAAACAAGACUGUAAAAAAACAGGCCUGGCAAUCAAUACUUUGGUAAAUGAGUUUUUAAAGCAACAUGAGACCGCUAACAGAGUUUCAAAUGAUCUGUGCCCAACUUGCAGGUACAUCGUUAAGGAAAAUGCUAAAUUAUUUAGUGGGGACCAGUCUCGGAAAUCGAUCAGUCUUAUAACGAUAUGAUGGACAUACACUAUUGUACAGGGGUUUAGCAAGUUCUGCUAAUUGGCAUGCAACCUAAUUUGACCUUUGUAGCCGUGCUUGUAAUGGUGAUUUACUUAUAUGAAAGUUAUUUUGUGAGGUGUUUACAUGGUUUUGUCAGCCCCUUACUGCUAUGUGAUAAUAUUGCUGUCAUAUUUCCACGCUGUUUUGUUUUAAAGUGGCUAGUUUUUCUUCAUCAGGUCAAGUGCACACACUGCAGAAUGCAGAACAAGUCCCACAGAGAGCCCAGAGUUGUGAACCCAAUUUUGCAGACACCCUCAUUUAAAGAACAGGGAGACAACAACAUGAUUCUGUGGGACUUGUUCUGCUUGUUGUGGAUAUUGCUUUGGAGACAGAGGGCAUUGUGUGGAGAUGAUAGUCAGAGAAAAAUAAACAAAGCGUUGAGCAGAACCGAUCCCACUUUUCACUUUUAGGGUCAGUGGUCGAAAUGGGCGCUCGGCCUCCAGGUCCCUGUGACAUGGAUCAGGUGCCCCAAUGUAUAUCUGCUGAUUACAUCUCCUGAAGUGGAAAAAAAUGCAAAUAAUAAAUGUAUGAGCAACGUGCUUGUUUUUUUGCUUGAUUAAUUAUGCCGUUUAAUUCCAGAUCCACCACGCCGCUCCACCGUAUAAUUUCCCAGUGGUCUUGGCUGUUUCUUCUCUCACUUGCGCUCUCUCCUUUUUUUUCCUCAUUGCAAAAUGAAUCAUGGAUCCAACCGUCUGUACCCGGGGGAGAGCGGCGAGCUGGCGAACGGGCUGACCAAUCAUGAGCAUCAGAGGCAGACACACAGACGGAGGGAGCCUUUUGUUGUGUGCUGCACUCAUCAAGUUAGAAGACAUCUACCGACUUGGCCUCAAGAAAAUUAAAAGAUGGAGAGCUUAUCCAAUCGGACUGGCCAGUGUGGGUGGCAGAGUCUCAGCGCCAUUCAUGAUAUCAACUGGGACCAUGGCCGCUCCUCUAUUCCCAGCCUGGCCAACCCUCUGUCAGCCUCCUGACAGUUCCAGCUCGAGGUGGUGUGGUGGGGGGGCACCGCCAGGGCAGAGCAGGGGCUCCGGAGAGGAGGAGGAGAAGAAGAAGAAGAAGAAGAAGAAGAGGAGGAAGAGGAGGAGGAAGACAAAGUGGAUCAGAUCAACAACAGCAGACUGGAAACGCUUGAAAUGCCUGUCAGGUCUGAGUCCGUCACAUCCUCAACCAAUCAGAGCCUUCGUUAACAGCAGCGUCGGCACGUGAUUGGGAGAAGGAUGGCAACCAUGCCGUUUGUCACUGAGGGGAAGUGUGUGAGUGUGGAGUGGGAUUUCCUACAAGGACUACUGGCCAAGCCUCCCACCCUUCCCUGUCUCCAGAACCUGCGUAAAGAGAAGUCUCGCAAUGCGGCUCGUUCACGGCGGGGGAAGGAGAAUUUUGAGUUCUUUGAGCUGGCCAAGAUGCUGCCUCUGCCGGGGGCCAUCACCAGCCAGCUGGACAAGGCCUCAGUCAUCCGGCUGACCAUCAGCUACCUGCACAUGCGAGCCUUUGCCAGCCAGGGAGACCCGCCCUGGAGCCCUCUGAUGGAGGGAGACAACAACUGCAGCAAAGUAAGACGAUCGUCUCAUUCUCUGGCCACUGACAUGUUUGAGCAGCACCUAGGGGCGCACCUCCUGCAGUCUCUGGAUGGCUUUGUGUUCGUGGUCAGUCAGGAGGGACGUUUUCUCUACAUCUCAGAGACAGUUUCUAUCUACCUGGGCCUCUCACAGGUGGAGCUGACCGGCAGCAGUGUGUUUGACUACAUCCACCCGGCGGACCACGUCGAGAUGGCUGAGCGGCUGGGAAUCAGGCCGCAUCUGAGGGCCGAGGCCGGCUGCCACACGGGCCCCGAGAGCGCUUCCAGCUCUGCAUCCACCUCCUCCCUGGCUGGUACCCCUGAACCCGCUCCGUCUAGUCCUCAUUCUCCUGCUGAUGAUCCUCCCGACCGCGGCUACUUCAUCCGCAUGAAGUCCACGCUCACCAAAAGAGGCCUGCACGUCAAGUCGUCUGGAUACAAGGUAAUCCAUGUGACGGGACGAAUCCGCUGCCGCCCUGCACUCGUGCCGGGCUCUGCGCGCUCAGUGCGUCGACCGAUGGGUUUAGUCGCACUGGCGCACACCCUUCCGCCCUCCACGCUUAAUGAAGUCCGCAUGGAGAGCCAAAUGUUUGUCUUCCGUGUGAACAUGGACCUACAGGUCACAUAUUGUGAGAACAGGAUCUCAGAGUAUAUGGAUCUGACCCCAGCAGAGGUGGUGGGACACACCUGUUACCACUUCAUCCAUGUAGAAGACCUGGAAAAUAUCCGGCAGAGCCAUGAGGACUUGCUGAGGAAAGGUCAGGUGGUGACCGGUUACUACCGUUGGCUCCAGAGGAGAGGAGGCUACCUGUGGAUCCAGUCCAGCGCCACCGUCUCCAUCAACCACAAAGCUCCACAUGAACGCAACGUCAUCUGGGUCAACUACAUCCUGAGUCGAACAGAGAUGCCUGACACUCCCCUGGAUAUACUGCAGCUACCAGAGAAUGUAAGAGCAGAGCGACUUCGAGUUAGCUCGUCCCCCACCGACAGCUCCCCGCAGGCCCGAGGCACGCAGCCAUUGAAGAGCUCAGUGGGGAAGAGUGACCUCGACACUAAAGGCAGAGAGAAAUUCACCGCCGCUGCCAUCCAGUCAGAUGACAGGAGGAAGCGCCUGCUGAGGUCCGACCCCGAGGGUGCUCCUCCCGAAACCCGUCGCAGACUGGAGGAGCUCCGUCACGCAGAGGAGAGUGUAUCAGCCUCCUCUGACCUGGCGAGUGAAAGCGAGGGGGAGGAGGAGGAAGAGACAGAGUGGGACCAGGGGGGAGACAGUGACAGAUUGAAACAGGAAGACACUGGAGGAGGUAAACAGAGCAGGGGAGGAGAGACCCCCAAUAGAGGGGAGAGGGGGAGCAGGGUGCACAACGGCCGGGCUGUGAUCCAGCAACUGAAGAGCGUAGUGACCCCGUCUCCCCUGGCUGGCAGCCCCAGCAUCAAGACUGAACACGAAGCCCUGACCACCGGGGGGCGCUGGGGCUCACACACACAAACCUCCACCUCCCACACACACACCACCCAGCCCCAACCCUCACAUGCACACACACCCUCCAGCAGCCUCAACGGCGACAGCCCCACCACCCCGAUCCCCGACUCUUCUUCCAGCAGCGAGGCCCCCCCAAAAGGGUUAUUCACUCCCCCGUCCCCGGCUCUGUCCCCCGCCAUGUCCGUGUCCUCCCCGCUGCCCCGUGAGGACAGGGUUGUGUCGGGGGUGGUCAGUCGGAGCAGUGGCGGUGCAGGUAGCGCUCCGGACUUUGAGCUGCUCCAGAGACUGGCUGCAGGCGGCGCAGCGGGGCGGGUCCUCUUCCACCCCCUGGCCCUCGGCCCGCAGGGCCCUCAGAGCCUCUACGCUCCCAGCACUAUCCGCUACGCUCCACCUGAGCUGCCCCCCUCCCACCACCAUGGCUUAGAACACAGCGAUGGCCUGCAGCUUCGCUCGGACCACCACAAGGGACCCCCGCCAGCCUUCUUCCCCCACCUACAGCGGUUGGCUGGCUUGCCACCCUUCAGUGGUUUCUCCCCGUCUGACAGCCCUUUCUCCUCCGGCCUGCCCUUCUGUAUGAAUGGACUGAGGGGGGCUGCGGGCUCCGAGGAGGACUGAGACUCAGACAGGAAGGAGGUGAGAGAAGAUAAAAAAUGAAGGACGGAGCAGAGAGACAGACCAGAAAGAGAGACGGACCAGAAAGAGAGACGUUGUAAAGGGCAGGAGAGACAGAAGUGGCAGGACAUUAAGUCUCUAAGGACAUUACUAAUUGGACAAUGAGUUGAAUAACUGCGAUUUAAAAUAUUUGACAAGUCGCUGUCAUAGGGAAUUAUUGUGUCUGCUCAUUGUGGACAAGUGACAGUGACUCUCAGAGAAAACAGGACGUGGAAACUUUUGACUGGUUGUCCCUCAAGACUUUUCGUCUCAACAAUUAUGAACUCCGCUCUGUGUCUUCCUCUAGAUGACUGUGUUGAUUUCUGUCUCUUCCACUCAGAGAAGCCAUAUUGUAUAUAGAGACAAAACCAUAAAGACCCUCAGCUCAAAUCCUCCUCACUGUCACUCCAAUUAACCCAAUUAACCCUAAAGCCAGUAGAAAGAGAUGGACACUUGUCCGUAGGAAUGAAAGCGACUUUGAAAUAUACAUUUUUAUUAUUGCAGUAUUAUACAAAUCAUCUCUUACACUGAGAUCCAGGUGAGAAUUUGAUUCUAGGGUUCAAAAUAGACGGAGAAAGCCCUCUGGUGUUUUUGUAUUGAGAUUUAAAAUGAUAAUGAUAAAAAGAAAUCCAAGUAUUCAUGAGUCAGCCAUACUUAAAGCACACUGUUGGGACAAAAGUAUGAAUAAUGUAGUCCCAGACAUUCCAUUAUAUAUAAGGGAAGAAAAUGCAAUGCAGACAGGAUGCUAUUUCUGUUGUUUGGUUAUCAGAAGAUUGUUUGUUUAACUGAGUAUUAAUUAUAGUAUAUUCUGUAUGAUGCCGCGGUUGUGUUUGUGUGUGAAAGCCAUAUUCUUGUUUUGUUUUUUUAUUGACAAUUAUUUUGUCACCAGAUAAAACGGGUGGAAGGGUGGCGUGAAAGUUGUGUCUAGACAAACAAAUGUUUUAUUGGAGGUACAAUAUCAUCCAAACACCUUUUUUUUUUUUUUUUUUUUAUUCUCUAAAAAAAAGAUAUUUCUGAAAAUGUUUUUAGGAGGGGAAAUGGUGCUGGACACAAGUGUUUGUCAUCAUUUAAACCUCUGUGUUUUUUUCUGAGCACUUACUGAAAUUUGUUCUGGUGUGAGCUCAAAGCACUUCAUCACUUAGCACUCACUCACACCGUGUAGUAGAGGAGAUUAAUGGUCAUUCAAAAAGGCAGAUAAAUAAACAGACCACCUGUGGUCAAUAAAAAUAACCUUAGAGUUAUGCUGAUUUUGGUUUCAGUUCAACUCAGUCAACUGGAAGUAAAGUUUUAAAUAAAAUUUCAAUUUCUCACUAAUUGAUUGGAAUUACUCUGAAAAAAACAAAUACAAAAAAACACUAUAAAAAAAAAUUGUAAUCAGUGCUUAAACUGAAAUGAGUCACAAACAAGUUGGCAGUUGUCUAAAAGAUACUCAGACAAUUGAGAAUGUUCAUUCCAAAAUGUGACCCUUUUUGACAAAAUGUUGGUACAGCCAAACACUUUAAUAAGAAAUUGUGACAAUGACACUGACAUUGAUAUGAAUACUCAGAAAUAAACUAUUCAGAUACUUCUCUAGCACUUUGGAAUAAAGUCCUUCAAACUGAUCGAAAUACGCAGAUUUGUAAAAUCUGUUGAAAGCCAAGUCUUCAAAAUGAUCCACAAAGGCAGACACCGUAUGUACAAAUGUUAUCGUUUCGCUUCCAAAUUGAGAUUAUGGUGGACUGUCUGAUCUGAGGGCUCAGUUUAUGUGGAAAUCUCUAACGUUGUGAUGUCUGACAGAAAAAAAAUGAUGAAAAAACAUUUUUUAAUUGUUCAGAUCCGACGUGCACUACACACCCAUACCGUAGCUGUCACAUGCAAAUAUGUGUGAGCGCACAUAUUCUCGGGUGUUUAAUGGUAUAACGUGUGUAUGAUUGCGUGCGUGUGCGUUUGCUUGUUCAAGUGUGUAUGUUUUUUUUUUUUUUUAUUAAAUAGCUAACCCCUUGCCCAUCACUGUGAAUCUAACGUUAUCCCCCCAUCUUUGUGAAUACUCCACCCACUCAUCAAAUAAAAUGAACAAAUGUAAAAAGAAAAACAGUGAUACAGAUGACCAUAACAAUAAAAUAUUCCAGUAGAGGAGCACAACUCAA